GAUGGCGCCCCGCGCCCGGGGGGCCCCUUCCUGAGCGCCCCGGCCCCUCCCUCCCCCGCCUCCCCUCCUCCUCCCCGCGGCGCCCCCGCCCCGCCCCGCCCCCGCCGAGACCCCGACCCCGGCCCCACGGGCGGACACUCGGCCGGGCAGCCGCGGGCCGCGCGCAGCCGCCUCCGCCGCCGAUGCGCCUGGUGGCCAGACUCCAAGUGGGACCGGCCGACACGCAGGCUCGCGUGUCAGGGGAAGCUGAUGGAGAAUCGCGCUCUGGAUCCAGGGACUCGGGACUCCUAUGGUGCCACCAGCCACCUCCCCAACAAGGGGGCCCUGGCAAAAGCCAAGAACAACUUCAAAGACCUGAUGUCCAAGCUGACGGAGGGCCAGUAUGUGCUGUGCCGCUGGACCGAUGGACUGUAUUACCUUGGGAAGAUCAAGAGGGUCAGCAGUUCUAAGCAGAGCUGCCUUGUGACUUUUGAAGAUAAUUCCAAAUACUGGGUCCUGUGGAAGGACAUACAACAUGCUGGCGUUCCAGGGGAGGAGCCCAAGUGCAACAUCUGUCUGGGGAAGACGUCAGGGCCUUUGAAUGAGAUCCUCAUCUGUGGGAAGUGUGGCCUGGGGUACCACCAGCAGUGCCACAUCCCUAGAGCGGGCAGUGCGGACCGGCCCCUGCUCACACCUUGGUUCUGCCGACGCUGCAUCUUCGCGCUGGCUGUGCGGAAAGGCGGCGCGCUGAAGAAGGGCGCCAUCGCCAGGACGCUGCAGGCCGUGAAGAUGGUGCUGUCCUACCAGCCCGAGGAGCUCGAGUGGGACUCGCCCCACCGCACCAACCAGCAGCAGUGCUACUGCUACUGCGGCGGGCCGGGAGAAUGGUACCUGCGGAUGCUGCAGUGUUACCGGUGCCGGCAGUGGUUCCACGAGGCCUGCACCCAGUGCCUCAACGAGCCCAUGAUGUUCGGAGACCGGUUCUACCUGUUCUUCUGCUCCGUGUGUAACCAGGGCCCGGAGUACAUCGAGCGGCUGCCCCUUCGAUGGGUGGAUGUGGUUCACCUGGCCCUCUACAACCUGGGGGUGCAGAGCAAGAAGAAGUACUUUGACUUUGAGGAGAUUCUGGCCUUUGUCAACCACCACUGGGAGCUCCUGCAGCUUGGCAAGCUCACCAGCACCCCCGUGACUGACCGAGGACCACAUCUCCUCAAUGCGCUGAACAGUUACAAAAGCCGGUUCCUCUGUGGCAAGGAGAUCAAGAAGAAGAAGUGCAUCUUCCGUCUGCGUAUCCGUGUCCCCCCCAACCCCCCAGGGAAGCUGCUGCCUGACAAGGGCCUGGCGCCCACUGAGAGCGGCGCCUCCUCUGAGCUGCGUAAGAGAGGAAGGAACAAGCCUGGUUUGUUGCCUCACGAAUUCCAGCAGCAGAAAAGGCGAGUUUAUAGAAGAAAAAGAUCAAAGUUUUUGCUGGAAGAUGCUAUUCCCAGUAGCGACUUUACCUCAGCCUGGAGCACCAACCACCACCUAGCCAGCAUAUUCGACUUCUCGCUCGAUGAAAUUCAGAGCUUAAAAAGCGCCAGCUCAGGCCAGACCUUCUUCUCAGACGUGGACUCCACUGACGCCGCCAGCACCUCUGGCUCGGCCUCCACCAGCCUCUCCUACGACUCCAGACGGACAGUGGGCAGCCGCAAGAGGAAGCUGGCGGCCAAAGCGUAUAUGCCGCUGCGGGCAAAGCGGCGGGCAGCCGAGCUGGGUGGGCGCUGCCCCUCGGACAGCAGUGCCGAGGGGGCUUCAGGCCCCGAGCGGCCGGACGAAGGCAUCGACAGCCACACCUUCGAGAGCAUCAGUGAGGAUGACUCGUCCUUGUCCCACCUCAAGUCAUCCAUCACCAACUACUUUGGCGCGGCCGGGCGGCUAGCCUGCGGGGAGAAGUACCAGGUGUUGGCCAGGAGGGUCACGCCCGAGGGCAAGGUUCAGUACCUGGUGGAGUGGGAAGGGACCACCCCUUACUGACUCGCUCCAGGAGAUGCCAGGAGCCUGGAAACCAACGGAGAGACACUCCUCUCCAGGCGGGGAUGGGGGAGGAAAGCAAGACAGCUCCCAGUGCCUGGCAAAAGGCCCUUCGCGCCCGCCUGCCAGGCCGAGGCCUGCGCCGCUCUGCGUGCCCAUUCUGCUCUUCGGCCUCCUCCGGCUCCUCACCCCUUUGCCUGUGUCUCUAAGGUCCCACUGGCUAUGCCUCAGUGUCUCCUCACACGCCCUCAAACUGUUUGCCUGUAACUCUGAAUUGGUGUCCCCCUGGCUCUCCGACCCUUUCUCCUGAGGCCGAGUCUUUCUCUUUGUC